AACAUAUGAUGACUUGCAAGUAACAUACAACAACUCAUUAGAGCAUCAUUCUGUUUCUAGUUGAGUAUUUGAUCCACAAACCCCAGUUAAACUUCCACUACCUGUUCCUCAUCCCUUGAUUCUGCAAUAAGAGCAAUGGCUGUUACACGUUCUUUGCCUCCUUGUUUCUCAAUCCAAAAGUCUGGUCCUGCUAUAAAGCCUUUCAGCACAGUUUUGAGGCUGAAACACACUUCUAAAGUCAUAGUGCUCAAGAAAAAAACAUCUGCAGUGCUCAAGAUCAGAUCUUGCUUGGGAGAGGAGGUUUUCGAGGAUCGCUCCAAUGGAAUAAUCUGCUACAAAGAUGCCAGAGGGGAGAUUAUUUGUGAAGGGUACGAUGAAGGUCCUCGUUAUCACCACCAGAAUCAGAGAGUUAAUCAAUCAAGAGAUGCCGAGUUCUUUGAUCUUCUUCAGCAGAGGUGGUUUAACUUCAUGACAGACACAGGAUUAGACAAGGCUGGGAAAGGUGUUAUUCUGCAGAAGGGAAUCAACUGCAAUGGCUUUAACACUCUCCACUAAUUAUCUUCCAGCUCUUGUCAAUCUAUUAUAUAGUAUGUUACAUAUUACAUAUAUAAAGAAAGACAAAUCCUUUAAUUAUA